CUCGCUAUCACGUGGCCGCUAACUUCCGCUCCUUACCUGUCUCCAUGGUGGCUGGUGCAGCCGCCAUUGUUUGUUUCUUCUCUCCGCCUCCCGCUCGAAGAGAUUCGGUGUAAACAGCAGCCUCCAUUAAGCAGGUGGAAGUCCUUGCCGCUGGGAGAAUGGACCUUGUGAUCAUGUGGAUUCGAAAAAGCUUUAAUUUAGUGCAAGACCGGGGCUCAGACAGCACACAGCAACGGCUGGCAGAGGAUCAGAAGUGGACCCUAUUGCUGGAUGUCCGGAGUCCCGCUGAGUACGAGGUCAGCCACUUACAGGGAGCCAUUCGCGUUGACCCAGAAACCACCGACAUGGAUCAUCUGGUCAAGGAUCUGGGCCUGGCAGAUUGUGACGAAGAGAGGGAGGUUGUGUUUUACUGCACCGUGGGCUAUCGCUCAUCCAAACUGGCACAGAAAAUGGAGGAGUUUCUCGCGAGUGAUGCUGGGCAGACGCUGCGUGGUGCACUGAGAGUCUAUAACCUGGAGGGCGGCCUGGUGAAAUGGGCCAACGAGAGCAAGCCCAUGGUGGACAGAUUCGGCCAGCCAACGAAGCUUGUCCACCCAUACAACAACAUGUGGGCCUACCUGGUAAAGCCAGAGUUCAGGGCCCCUCUCUGAGCCAGUCAGACUGGGUUCUGGGUGUCUGGUUCAUCAGGAAAUUACACAGAACACAUCACAGCAUCAAAUGGGAAUGUUAACAUGGGGCUAAUCAGACUUUGUUAUAAUCUGCUCAUGUUAUACCGCAAUUCAUUUCAUUUUACUAUUAAAAUUAAUUGCUGCAUGUUAACUAAAUCUCAGUUAGGAAAAAGGAGAGUAUAGUCUUGAGGCAGGCUCUUUAUUUCAUAUCUACGUUUUAAUGUUAUGAUCACUAAACUGCUGAAUGAAUGCGAGACCUUACAGCGAUGAUCAGUUUGAACCACAAACUCGAUAUUUCAGUGACAUACAGUCCGUGUCGGGGAACCGGGUUUCGACAAUACAACCUUUCUCAUUCCUGGGAUAUCGAGGUCUGUCCUAAAGGGGUGCCGAGGCCAGGAAAGACUUGGAUCCAUUUGAAUUGAGUGGAAUGCAAUGAUUGUUUUAAACCCUGUCGGAUUCUGAGGGGGUUUUACUGGCCGAGUGGUCAUUACCUCCAUGGGGUCAGGUUCAAUAACCAUUGAGAUCAGUGAGCUACAAAAAUAGCCUUUUUAAACAUCCACAACAGAACAGCUCGAGGUGGUGAUGGAAUCCAAAGUACAGUUUUACAGUCUCCUCUUUUAUACACAGAUUUUACAUUUUAAUGUAUCUAUUGUACACAAGUUUGCAUGACAUCUGUCCUGGGGAAGCAGGAGAUGGUUUAAGCACUUGCUGAGUUCUGGAACAAAAACAGAAGUUGCUGGAAAAGCUCAGCAGGUCUGGCAGCAUCUGUGACGGAAAAUAAACAGAGUUAAGGUUUCAGGUCCGGUGCCCCUUCCUCAGAAUUCCUAAACGCUGGCAGUUCCUCCCGAUGGGAUGAGAAUGCCUGUCCAGUCUGAGCUUGCGAAAUCAGGGGGGUUUAGUCCUUUUGUCUUUAAAGUCAGUAAUGUAAGUAAAAAUUCUACACCUAUUUGAUCUAAAUAAGAGAGAAAUUAAGCAUGUACUAAUCGAAAUUAUAGAGGAUAUUAAAUUGAUCUCCAGCA